GCGUUGGCUGCUGGCUGCCGAACCGAACGUGCAACAAGUGUCUGUUUGCUUCGUGUGUUUUCUGUUUGUGUUUGCCAUCCAGAAGAGAAGAAGAGCGUCCCCAGCCAUGAACCCUUCCGAGUGGUUUUCCGAAAUUUCCAACGAACUUUGGCCCGGCCAGUGCUUCUCCGUCAAGGUGAAGCAGGUGCUGCACGAGGAACGCUCCAAGUAUCAAGACAUCAAGAUCAUCCAGAGCGAAUCGCACGGUGUGGUGCUGAUACUGGACGGCAUCAUCCAGUGUACGGAGCGGGAUGAGUUCGCUUAUCAGGAGAUGAUCUCCUUUCUGCCGCUCUGCUGCCAUCCGAACCCGCAGCGCGUCCUGAUCGUGGGCGGCGGGGACGGCGGUGUGGCCCGCGAGGUCGCCAAACAUCCGGCCGUGCUGGAGGUGCACCAGGUCGAGAUCGACGAGCGGGUGGUGGAGCUUUCGAAACAGUACCUCCCGUUCAUGGCGUGCGGGUUCGAGUCGCCCAAGCUGAAGCUCACGAUCGGCGACGGGUUCGAGUACAUGAAGCAGCACGAGGGCGCGUUCGACGUGAUCAUCACGGACAGUAGCGAUCCGAUCGGGCCGGCCGAGUCGCUGUUCCGCGAGUCGUACUUUGAGCUGGUGAAGCGGGCGCUCAAGCCGAACGGCAUCAUCUGCUCGCAGGGCGGCAGCUUCUGGCUGGAUGCGGGGCACGUGCGCGAAACGCUCGACUACUGCCGGAAGCAUUUCCCGCGCGUCACGUACGGGCUGGCCGCGGUGCCGAGCUACCCGACCGGCCAGAUCGGGUUCUUCAUCGCCAGCCUCAAUCCGGAGACGGAGUUCAGGGAACCGGCCCGCCAAUUCGAGGACGCAGAGAUUGACCAGCUGGGACUGCGAUACUACACGACCGACGUGCAUCGGGCGGCCUUCACGCUGCCCAGGUUUGCGGCCAAAGCGCUCAACCCGUAAAAGCAAUAGUUCCCCCUCGUCCGUUUUUCUACUGGAGGGAUGUAAGACUCACAAACGCCCCAAACGCGCCACAAUUGUACAACGAGCGAUAAGCAUUGUUUUUAAAAUAGCGAUGAAGAAGAGGUAAUUCUUUUUAAAGUCAAUGCCAAGAAUCUGUUUCUUUCUGUUAUUUCUCACUCUCUGUUUCUGCCAAAAUAAAUGUUAUUGCAUCAUGUCCACAUUUUUAUAUCAAAA